AUGGAAGAAGAAGAACUGCAUACCAUGCAUGAAAGCACCAUAAAUUCACCCAAUACAAAUUACGUGCAACCAUCCCAUCCGGACUCUGAUUACGAAGUAAUUCAAAAUGAUGUAUAUGAUGAUAAACUGUGGUGUGUUCUGUUUGACGACGGCAACGACAAGGAGAAUCCCAUGAACAUGUCACCUGUUCGCAAGUGGAUAAUCGUAAUUCUCAUCUCGCUGUUAAGUGUCAAUGUCACUUGUAUCUCCUCAGCAUGGUCCCUAGCUUCAGAUAAUAUUAUAGAGCAUUUCGGGAUCAGCCACGAGGUCAGUGUUCUUGGAAUAUCGCUAUAUAUCUGGGGGUUGGGUACUGGAGGCAUAUUUCUCUCUCCAAUUUCAGAGUUUCAUGGACGAAGAAUAGUGUAUGUUGUGGGUCUAGCACUUAUGAUUGCUUUCCAGUUUCUUACCGCCUUUUGCGAUAAUAUCGGCGGUAUGCUUUUUGGAAGAUUGGCUUCGGGAAUAUUUGGAGCAUCGUUUAUGUCUGUUGCUUCUGGCACAUUUAGUGACUUAUUUGAUAAAGAACACAUGCACUAUCCCAUCAUGCUUUAUGGUGUUAGCCCAUUUCUUGGUCCGCUGUUGGGACCGCUUAUAUCUGGCUUUGUAAAUUCCCACAUCAGCUUUCGGUGGACUUUUUACAUCAUGAUUAUUUGGUCCGGUGCACUUUUGGGCCUUCUCAUAGUGAUUGUGCCUGAAACAUAUCAACCGGUAUUAUUGCAUUGGAAAGCACAAAGACUCAGAAAGGAAACAGGCGAUAAUCGUUACUAUGCUCCCAUUGAACGAGAUAAGGAAUCGUUAUUCGAGUCGAUUAUUUUAUCGUCUAAAAGACCCAUACUAUUAUUAGUCAAAGACCCAAUGAUGCUUGUUCUAUGCUUCUACAGCGGCUUUUGUCUCGCUAUAGUCUACAUGUUCUUUGUGGCCAUUCCAUACAUAUUCAAAACGGUCUACGAUUUCAAUCUCAGCCAACAAGGUAUGUCAUUUUUGGGUCUCAUGGUGGGAAUGCUUAUUGCCUGCAUCGGUACCCCCACAUAUGUACAAAAAAAGCACGAAGAACUUGUUCGGAAAAAUAAUGGGGUAGCCAAACCCGAGUUUCGAUUCUUGGCACUUUUGGUUGGGGUAUUUUUCGUACCUAUUGGUCUUUUCAUUUUGGCAUGGACAACUUAUCGUAAAGUUCAUUGGAUAGCCCCAAUCAUAGGAUCUGCUGUUUUCGGAUUUGCAACAGUAUUGGUGUUCAAUGGCAUCUUCGCUUAUACAGUAGAAGCGUAUAGACUUUACACAGCAUCGGCAAUGGCUGCUAAUUCAUUUGUGAGGUCACUCAUGUCCGGAGUAUUUCCCCUCUUUGGAUUGCAAAUGUAUGAACACAUGGGCAUACAUUGGGCUUCUACUCUCUUGGCAUUAUUUGGUUGCUUGCUUAUACCUGUACCUUUUUUAUUUUACAGGUUCGGGGAGAAACUUAGAAGUUUGAGCCCUUAUGCAUGGUCAUGA